AUGGAAGCUACAUCUAAAUGCAGAAGGUACAGAAAGGGUGUUUUAUCUGCAACAAGUACUUCUAUGCAUGGUUGCUAUGCGUCCAAAAAUAUAUCUAGUUCCCAACCAAAUGGGGAAGCAAAAGUUACCUGCAGAUGUUGCAAAGAAGAGUGUCACUGCUUAAUGCCCUCAAGAACAAACUCACACUUCAGUAAUUCAACUUUGGGACCACCUAGUUCAAAGAAAGAAUGUGGAAUAUGCCGUCCAGUGAAACAAUUUGGAUCCAAAUUGUUGAAACUUGGUGAUCUAGGAGGUUCAAACAAAGAUCGAAAUUUGCUGAGUGGGUCAUUAUCUCCUUCAAUGCCCUAUUCCUCAGCCUUGCCUAGCACUAGCAGGUAUAAUAAACGUGCGGUUCUCUGUGGAGUUUCUUACAAAAGAAUGAAAUUCCGGCUCAGAGGAACCAUGAAUGACAUUAGAAACAUGAAGGAACUGCUGAUAAAAAAUUUUGACUUUCCAAAUGAGUGCAUACGAAUCCUCACAGGUAUCUCUAUCUGUUUCUGUCAGAAACAGAUAGCUGUCCAUUUGAUGGAUUUGACUUAUUCAGUUAAUCUAUAUCUUUCAACUUUGUAUUAG